CAUGUGGGAUAGGGAAAUAUGUUCCUUGGGUAUGGGUAUUUGUGCUGUACCUAUUGAGUGUUUUGAAAAUGAAAAUAAUUGGGUUUAUGAUUAAAACAACCUGCACGGAAAUUAGUUUUACAAAUUAACAGAACUAAAUUACACAAAAAUGGUUAUUAAAGAUUGGACUAAAAUAACACCUGCGCUUUCUCAGCCUGUAUUAAGUUGCAUCAACAAGCAGGGAUUUGAAUCCAUGACCCCUAUACAAGCUGCAGUGAUCCCACUAAUUCUGUCGUGCAAGGACGUGGUGGCGGAGGCGGUGACCGGGUCAGGUAAAACCUUGGCCUUCGUGGUCCCUAUGCUGGAGUUGUUGAUAAAAAGGGCGAAAGAAGCGCCUCUCAGGAAGGACUUCGUUUACGCCGUGGUUAUAUCUCCUACCAGGGAGUUAGCAUUACAAACGUUCAAGGUGAUUGAGCAAUUCCUCCGAGAACCUGCCCUGAGUGAGCUGAGCCUGUCGCUGCUGGUGGGAGGCCGGAGCAUAGAGGCAGAUGCAGAGAGCAUGCAGCGAGGAGCACAGAUAGCAGUGUGCACCCCGGGCCGGUUGCAAGACCUGUUGGCUGAGAGGAAGCAUCUUAACCUGCCGGGAAGAGUCAAAGAUCUGGAAUUUCUAGUCUUAGAUGAAGCGGACCGCCUCCUCGACCUGGGCUUCACUGCCACACUCAACACAAUCCUCCAGUACCUGCCUCGCCAGCGUCGCACCGGCCUGUUCUCUGCCACACAGACCAAGCAACUGCAAGACCUGGUCCGAGCAGGCCUGAGGAACCCGGUGCUGAUCAGCGUCAAAGAAAAAGCCUCAAUCAGCACGCCCAUAUCCUUGGAGAACUAUUAUGUGAUAGUGGAGCCGCAAGAUAAAUUGUUAUUUCUAUUAAACUUCAUCAGGAAUCGCAAGAUAUGGAAAGGUUUGUUCUUCCUGCCGACGUGCGCGUGCGUGGACUACUGGGCGGACGCGCUGCCGGCGCUGCUGCCCGACAUCAAGAUGUUCGCCAUCCACGGCAAGAUGAAGCAGAAGAGGAACAAAAUACUGGACACUUUCAGAGCCACGGAGAAUGCUAUUUUGUUGUGCACAGAUUUGAUGGCGAGGGGGCUGGACAUCCCCGCCGUGGAGUGGGUGCUGCAGUGGGAGCCGCCCAGCAGCCCCGCCGCGCUGGUGCACCGCGCCGGCCGCUCCGCGCGGGGCGGCGCCGCGGGCUGCUCGCUGCUGCCGCUGCUGCCGUCGGAGGAGGCCUACGUGCCCUUCAUCCGCGCCAACCAGCAGGUGGAGCUGAAGGACUGGACCGACUCCGGGGAUAAGCUCACCAUCACAGACAAACUGAGGAACAAGGUACUAUCAAUCCUCCACGAACAGCAAAAAAAGGACAGAGCCGUCCUGGACAAAGGGCAGCGCGCGUUCGUGUCGCACGUGCGCGCCUACUCCAAGCACGAGUGCAGCCUGCUGCUGCGCCUGGCCGAGCUGCCGCUGGGCCACGUCGCCACCAGCUACGGCCUGCUCAAGCUGCCGCGCAUGCCCGAGCUGCGCGACGAGCACCGGCGCCAGUUCGCGCCGCCCGCCGGCGCCGUCGACCUCGACGGCAUCUCCUACAGAGACAAGCAGAAGGAGGCGCGGCGGCUGCAGCACUUGGAGGAAUACCAGAACACGGGGGUGUGGCCUUCCAAGAAGAAAAAGAAAAUGACCAAAACACAACCGUGGGAGCAGGCGAAACAGAACAAAUUAGACAAACAAGACAGAAGGAAGAAGCGGAAAGAGUUGAAGAAGAAGAACUUGGAAGCGGGCAAAGGCAAGAAGAGACGAGCCGUGACGCAGGCGGAGCUGGCCGAGCUGGCGGCCGACGUGGCGCUCCUCAAGAAGCUCAAGAGGCGCAAGAUAUCGCACGACCAGUUCGACCGCGCCUUCGAUGUCGAUCAAUAAAUCUAUACUAAUAAAAUCUAAA